UAACGGAGGCACGAUGAUUGGAUCUCCACCGAAGCACAGUGAACGGCCAAUCAGAGCGCAGAACGCGGUCUCCACGGUAACCAGUAUCGUUUGCGGAAAAGCAGCUUCGACACCAAACUUCAAGUUAAGAGAGAAACUGAGGAUCAGUCGUCACUCCAACUGUCAGAUACUCGGCUCAUCUGUGUGAGUCCAGAGAUGCCGGGGACGUCGAGACACGACCGGGAGAUGGCGACGAACGCCAAACGUCAGCUGUCGGAGACGACGGACCCGUUGGAGAAGCUCCGCCUGCAGUGUCUGGCCCGAGGUUCGUCUGGGAUCAAAGGUCUGGGCAGAACCUUUAAAAUAAUGGAUGACGACAACAGCCGCUCCCUGGAAUUCAAAGAGUUUCUGAAGGGCUUAAACGACUACGGCAUCCCGAUGGACAAACAGGAGGCCAUGGAUGUCUUUCAGCGCUUUGACCGUGAUGGGAACGGGUCCAUCGAUUUCGACGAGUUCCUCAUCACUCUGAGGCCGCCCAUGUCUCAGGCCAGGAGGGAGGUGGUGUUACAGGCCUUUCGGAAGCUGGACAGGACGGGCGAUGGGGUGAUCACCAUCGAGGACCUGAGGGGGGUUUAUAAUGUUAAGUGCCACCCCAAGUACCAGAACGGGGAGUGGACAGAAGAUCAGAUCUUUAGGAAGUUCCUGGACAACUUUGACUCUCCGUACGACAAAGACGGGCAGGUGACCCAGGAUGAGUUCAUGAAUUAUUAUGCUGGUGUGAGUGCGUCCAUCGACACGGACGUCUACUUUAUUGUGAUGAUGCGAAAUGCCUGGAAGCUCUGACUUGGCGUCGUUCUGGUGACCAAGGAGGAGUUUGACAACUACUACAGUGGAGUGAGCGCCUCCAUUGACAGCGACGUCUACUUCAUCCUAAUGAUGAAAAACGCCUGGAGGCUGUGAGCGCCCACACGAGGAGAUGCCUCACACCUGAACUAGUGAUCAGGGUAAUAAGACCAGGGUGGAAGUUAAUUCAGUCACUAGAGAACCGUGCCACAGUAGUUCAACAGUGACUUGAUAGUACCUCGGUCCACGUUGUGAUGCAGCUGAAAACAACAGCUCCAUUCGCUCUUAUUCCAGUUCUCUACUUUAUUGUAUUUUGAGAUGUGACAUUAUCUGCGUUUUAAAUAAAAUCACGUGUAAACAAA